GGGAUUCAGCCUAGCUCAGUUUACUAGCGCACCAGAGAGCACAAACAUUUUCACACAUACGUGCUGUUGCUACAUUUUGACUGACCGCGCAUCAGAAACUCCAGAACGCAGAUGUCCCAAAGAACUGGCUUGCAUUUAGUUUUGGCUGCACAGAGCGCAUCCUAAGAGUGACCUCUUCCUGUUUAUUUGGGACAAGACAAGAAGUGCAAAGGAACUCCAAUGAAUCUCAAUGUGGACGCCUUUCCAAAUGUGGACUUCUUUCCAUUCGCAUAGGUCAGCCAGAUGAACACAAACACACCAGCCCAUAAAGCCAAGAUAAGGCAUCUGUGCUCCUUCCUUGUCCUGUGCUUGCAUUUGGCCAAUGGCGCUGUGCCAGGUCCAUGUAAGCACUCUGUGACGAAGGACCAUCUCCUCAAUUUAAGACGUCUGAUUGGGAACCAACUUCAAAAUGGCUGCUCUAUUAGCUAUAACUUCACAGAACGCCAGAGCUUGAGUGACAUCUGCUACAUUAAAGCAGCAUUCCCUCACAUGCUGGACCUUCUGAACACACACUUCAGAUAUGAAAGAGAUUCUGACAACUAUAACUACGUUAGCUCCCUGAAGAACCUAAUCUAUAACAUCUACUCUCAGAGAUGCAUCCCUCCAAUCAAUGAGGAGACUGAGGACAAUCCAGUGAAGUUUGCAAAGCUCUACAAGACUUCACCCAGGGUGGGACUGGAAAAAGCAGAGGAGGUCAUUCAAAUGUACCAGAAUCUGGUGACUAAGAAUGACAAACCUGUGGAAUGGAACUGUGAGGAUGAGUAUGUAGAGGACUCCCAAGAAUCAACCACUGCACAUCUCACCCAAAUGUCAGGGACCCCAGAGUGCAAAUGCUCUUGCACAAAAAUGAGUUCUACACUUUUAAAGGCAUUACCACUGACCAGAUUUUCUCUAAGUGCACCAACAACCAUAUCACCAACCAGGCCAUACCAGGAACCUGUCUUCAGCUACAAGAAUGUAGGAUCUAGAGCAUCUGAACCUGGUGUCAAACAAAAGGCAACUAAAAUUAUACAAGCCCAGUCUUCACCAGUUUCACCAGAUUCUGAAUCUUAUGGUACAACAGCUGGGAAUUUUCCCAACCUCAUCUUUUCCACCACCCUAGAUUUGACGGAUGGAAAAGUGGAGAGUUCACCAUCAUCAGUUCUUUCUUCAUCCAUUACAUCCUCAACCAAAUUAGCAAGGAUACCUCAAAAAAAAACUCUUCUUGUUCUCCACUCAGCAACUUCUCAACCCUCUCAAAGAAGCAUCACACCACUCAAUUCACACAGGAGCACAGCACUUUUACUUGCCAAGAGGUCUUUAGAUACCAAAGACCAAGGAAUACUGUCAGAUUUCUUCUCAAAACUUCUCCAGAGUUGGAUUACCACAGCCACAUCUGACUCUGCAGGAAUUCAUAAGAAAGGCGUGCAGAUCACUCCUCGAGCAACAGUGUACAACCCUUUCCAAACACUUCAUGCGGAAGUCACAGCUGCACCAUCCUUGAAAAUAAUGGAGGAUAUUUCAGAGUAUAUAAGCACUCCUGCUGAACAGUCUGUUGAUGUCAGCACUCCUACGCAUAUCCAAACUCAUCUUCACAUGGCUGCUUCUUUGCCAGAGAAUGUAAUUAAAGCAUUCAGUGAGGCAACAGACUGCAAAGAUUCCAAAUGUCAAAAGGACACUGAAGACAUGAAGGCUCAGAUUUCCAGAGAUCAUGUAGAGAGACCCUUGGAGAAAGACUUCCAGCUCACUAGCAGCUCCAUAAACACAGCACUCAUAAUCACAUCUGCGUGCUUAGCACUGAUGCUCAUCGCUGCCCUCCUCUUCUGCAAGCAGCAAAGGAACAUCAGACGGCUCUUUCAGAGACCAAGGGGAACAUCAACUCAAAGGUCGAGCAUCUAUGACAAAAUAGAGCUAUAGGAUUGCAAAGGAAAUAAAGGAUCCAAUGGCACAUCACAACAUGGUUGGAUGCUGAAAAUCCUCAUAGGAGAAAAACAAUGCCUUCUUUUAAUUUGCCCUACAGCCUUUUUAUUUCAUUUUCUUUCACCAGUGUCGUACAUACAUGCUGUGCACAUAGAAAUAUUUAAAGUUAUUAUUAAAAGUAAGUAUUUUUAUACAAUAAGAGUUUAAUUUCAUUAAACUGUAACAGAACUUAUUUUGUUUAUAGUAUGUUUAUCUUUCUGUUAGGAGAAAAUGCUAAAAGAUGUGAGUCACAAACAAAAUCAAAAGGACUUGCUAGCUUAUCAACCGAAGAGCAAGUCUAGAGAGAGCUGAUGUAAAUACCUCUUCAAUCUUCAGAGCAUUCUUGCAGCAAUUAUUCAGUUAAGUUGUGAUUAAUUAGAUAAAACACUUGUCGGAGCUACUGAGAAGUGUAAAAUAUUAUUUGAUUAUAUAAAGGCAGCCUUUUUGCUAUCCACUGGAACUCAAUACAACUUAUGCAACUAUAGAUGGGUGACAGUUUAAAGGAGAAAAGCGAAUUAAUGAGCAGAGAAACACGAGUGCUUCCAAAACAGGCGUACUCCAUGAGAAAAUAGAGCAAUUAACAUUCUACCAAGCUCUGCGGCAUAUAUAAAAAUGCAGAGCAGGCCCAGUUGACUUUGAUUUUGGAUCAAAAUGGCAAGAGAGAAACGUCUGAGUGACUUUGAAAGAGGAUUCAUUAUCAGGGCAUGGAUGGCAGGAGCUUCAGUCACUAAGACUGCUCGACUGGCCAGUGUUUGAAUAGAACUGAUACUGGGGUGCCAUCUUAAUUUGCAUCUAAAUCAGUAAGUAUGGUUGGGAAAUGUGGCUAAAAGCACUAUAAUGAUGUUCUUCAGGUGAGAAUGUCAAUGCAGGAUAUGAUCAAACUAACAUAACUACAAAGAGAGGGAUAUUAGUAUAUUAAUAAUAGUAUAUAUAAUAGUAGUAUUAUAUAUAGUAGGUUGCAGUGUGUAAACUCCUCACUACAAAGAUGAAUGCAUAUUUUAGAGUUCAAAGUGUAAAAACCAGGCACUGGUCUUACACAGAUGUGGAAAACAUGAUGUGGUCAGAUAAGUCAGCCUUCGACAUGUUCCCCACAAGUAGGUGAGUGUAUGUGUAGCAAUAGUACAGGCCUGAAUGCUGGACUGCUACAGUGAGGAGGUCUAGUGGCUCUGUCAUAAUAUGGAGGGCAUUUAACUGACAUUGUUUGGGUCCAUUCUGGCAAUGCGAUUCAAUACAAAGCUAUUCUGACUGAUGAAUUCAUCCUACAUACAACCCCAAUUCCAUUGAAGUUGGGACAUUGUGUAAAACAUAAAUAAGGUAUGUGAAAUAUGAAAGGUACAUACAGGUU